AUGUGUAAAGCUGCUUCUGCAAAUCCACAACGAGUAGAAGACUUAAACAAGAUUGUGAAGAGAAGGAUCCAUCACGGCGCUGCUACUCGUUUAAAUUUUAAUAUAAGGACCAUUAAUGCAGUAUACGAAAAUAGAGCAUCUCUCGUUGAGUAUAUGCAUGAAAUAGAAGAACAAUUCACCAACAAAGCAGUCUGUAGUGCAGCCGCCUCUAUUCGCCGUACAUUAAAUGAUCCGAUCUUUAAUUUUUGGCUGACUUUUUUUUAUCAUGUGAUGCCCCACGUAGACAUCCUCUUCCAUCAACUACAGCAAAGAGAAAUUGAACCCACUCUAGUAAAAGACGCUAUCGAUAAUUUUGAACGCAGUAUCACUCAAGUUCGAAAUAAUAUUGAUAGCAUCACUACUAAAGCAUUAGAUAUAAUAAGAGACCAGCCACCAGGAAAUAAACGCAAGCGCUCAAUAAAGGAUUUGAAAGUAAAAGAAGUUGAAGAGAAGGUUAAUGAAGACGAAAUUGAGACAUCAGAGACAGACAACGAGAAAGAUAACGAUUCUUCUCUUAAAAAUAAACAUUUAUCACCAGAAAAUUUUCCUCCCUCAAAAAGAACAAGAAGAAAGAACAAACACAAUUAA